GUCUUUUGAUGCAAUCAGUAGCCAACAGGAUAGCCCUAGGUGCCUCGUCGAACCACACAACUCAUCAAGAGCCAGGCAGACAACUGUUGUUAUCACAGAAAAUUUUCCUUGCGAUCAUGGUUCACAAAGCGCCGGCGGCCUUUGGGAUGGUAGCGUUCUUAUUAGCCGAAGGCCUUUCGACAGGGGCGGUGCAACAGAUCUUGUUGGUGAUCAGUCUGGCCGCCCUGAUGAGCGCGUUGACCACUUAG